AUGUCGCACUCGAACCCCCUUGAAGCCUUCAAACUCAACACAUUUUUCCUCAAAGCACUCACAGUCUGGCACGUGGAAAACCCCACUUACCGCCUCUACAAAAUUUUUGUCGUUUUUUCGUUCGCAGUCACAUUUUUCAGUGCCUGGAUUUGUGCCCUCGUCAAUUACAAUGUCAGUGAAAUCAGUGAAAAUUUCUAUUACCUCCCGGCAAUGUCAACAGGGCCUUUAAAAUACGCAAUUUUCCAGAAAAAUUUCACAAACAUCGUGAAUCUGACCCACUUGUUGGAGACACAAUACGCGAAAAUUCGGACCGAAAACCAGAAAAAAAUAUUCGAUGAGUCGGUUAUUUUCGAGCGUAAAGUUAUGAAAAAUUUCGCGAUUUUGAUCAUUCCGACGUGUGUUGCCAUGUUCAUAGUGCCCUAUUUUCAGGAUAGGCGGGAAAUGCCGCUGAUUGUGUGGUUUCCGUUCGAUUACAAACAGCCGGUGGUUUUUGACUUGGUUUAUUUUAUUUUGGCGUUUGCUUGCAUUUCUAUCGCUUAUACUAAUGUUUCCACCGACGCGUUUUUCUACACUUGCCUAAUUCAGAUUGAAACUCAGUGCGAAAUUGUGAGCGACACUCUUAGAAAUUUGGAUAAGAUUGUCACCAACGGCUUUAGAAAUGUGGCAGAGUCCAGGAAAAUUUUUAUCGAAUGCAUCGAACAAUACAAUGUUAUUUUAAGGUACACAAAAAUAGUGUCUGACACGUACCAGGGAAUUCUAGUCGUUCAGUUUUUUUGCUCCUUGGUCGCCCUGUGUUUGACAAUGUACAAGUUAUCUCUGGCCGACCCUGGAAGCCAGGAUUUUAUCAAAUAUUUCGUUUUCAAGUUGGGAGUCAUUAGCGAAAUUUUUAUGUAUUGCUAUUUUGGUCACAGAGUUCUCGAAAAAACGGAAGAUUUGUAUUUUGCAAUUUAUGAAAUGCACUGGUACGACGCCUCUAAACAAAUUCAAAACGAGGUUUUUAUUUUUAUGGGACAGUUGGAAAAACCGAUCGUGUUUUAUGUCGCUAAUAUAUUUUCGCUUGAUUUGGAUACGUUCAAGAAAAUAAUGCAGAAAGCUUGGAGUUUCUUCACGGCGUUGAAAAAUAUGCACGAUAUUAGGAACAAUUAAGUGAGGCAUAAAACGACUUUUUUGCACACGCACGGGAAAAUUUUGUUAUCACAAAUAAAUGUGCACUUAUAAGCAAUAAAGAUGUUCUACAAAAA